AUCGUCGGUCCGUUUCCGGGUUUCUGAGAAGGGACCGAUAAAACGGUGUCAGCGGGGAGUAUGGCUCCGCUUGCAGGUCAAGAGUGCGGUUAAAGUUUUCCGUGGCCACCCGAAACUGUCAAAAAGUGUCUCUUGAACUUAUUCGGCGUUUUGCCCUCCCCGCUGCUUUUCCUUAAGGGGGUGUUGUUGGUGUAGUUCGCAGCGCUGACACUGACAGCUGGAAAGUAAACAGCCCUAUGCUAACGGGUUAGCUAACGGCUAACUAGCUUAGCUGGUUAACCGUCGAGAGCGAGCUAACGUUAGCCGAGAACGGUGGUGUUUUCGGCGGCGUUGAGUUACACCACCAGGUCCUGUCAGCACUCUCCUUAUAUAGUCUUUGUCAAACAUCUCCGGCGAAGAUUUUCCACUCGCCAUUCAUGUUGUUUUGGAACAGGCAUCUUAAAAAUCUCCGCUUCUUCGAGUCAGGGAGUCACUGUUUGUCAUCCCAGCUGAGACUGUGAAUUCAGAGGCCAUUAUUCCACACAGAGAGGUGCCAAAAGAGGGACAGGAUGCCCAUUCCUCCCCCUCCUCCUCCUCCCCCAGGACCCCCACCUCCACCCACCUUCAAUGAGGCGAACACGACCCCUCCAAAGUUGUCCUCCUCAGAGGCUAAAGGUAGAGGAGCGCUACUGUCAGACAUCUGUAAAGGCGCUAAGCUGAAGAAGACCACUGGGGUCAAUGACCGGAGUGCACCCAUUUUAGAGAAAUCCGGAGGUGGAGGUGGAGGCGGUGGGGGAGGAGGUUUUGGCGGAGGAGGACCAAUGGGAAUGGGAGGCCUUUUCCAAGGCGGUGUUCCCAAAUUACGCCCAGUUGGAGAUGGUUCUGCAGGGGGAUCAGUGGGCAGAUCUGCUCUUCGGCCCCCAGGAGCCCGGCCCGCAGCCCCUCGACCCCCUACAGGCCGUUCCACCUCUCCCUCCCCGGCCAACAAACCCUCUCCACCUGAGCACCAGCGUUCCCACCGCCCAUCGCUGCCUGACAUCUCCCGCCCCAGCAGUGGGUCCUCCACAAGCAGUGGGAUGAAGCACAGCACCUCUGCCCCACCCCCUCCUCCACCCUUCAACAGGGGCAGCCGUGGCAAUGCUCCACCUACACCCAAUCAAAAAGCCUCUGCUCCACAAUCUUCAUCCUCUCACAGCAGAGAGAAGCCCCUCCCACCGACCCCCAACCGAGGCCCCACCCCUCCAAGCUCUGUGAAGCCACCAUCAUCUUCCAACAGACCCCCUACUGGCGGUUCCUCUGCUCCACCACCUCCUCCACCUUACAGGCCACACACAUCAGUCUCCAACGGGCCAUCACAUGUAGAUGGGGGUGGGGCUCCAGAGCUGCCACAGAGGCACAACUCCCUGCACAAAAAACCUACGUCUGGAAGUGGUAGCCAGGGACGCAGCCAUGCUCCACCUCCACCUCCAUCACCCUCCCCACCAUCCCAGCAGGCCAGCAGACCUCCACCACCUGCCAGAGAGCCACCAGGACGCAGAACAGCUCCUCAAGUGCCCUCUUCUGGAUCCCGUAAUGGUGGCCGGGAUGCACCUCCUCCCCCACCCCCGUACCGAGGCCAUAGCUCUGCUGCCUCAGAGCCUCAGAGCCGGAUGGGCAAACCACCUCCACCUCCCUCCUCUUCCUCCUCCUCCUCAUUAUCCUCUUCCUCCUCCCGCACCCCAGCUGGACCCCCUCCACCACCUCCGCCCAUCCGGAACGGUCACUCUUCCAUCUCCUCCUCCAAGUCCAUCAUAGAUGAUUUUGAAUCCAAGUUCAACUUCCACCCUAUUGAAGAUCUUCCACCUCCAGAGGAGUACAGGCAUUUCAACAAGGUCUACCCCAGCAAAAACAACAAAGCCAUGAUGAGAGGAGCUCCUCCAGCACCACCGGUGGGCAGGUGAACCAACCUCAGCUCAGGACUUGAACUCUGUCAGUCGACUCGAUGGACAGUCGGGGGGGAAGAAGACUCACACACUAACACUAAACCACCAGCUGGAAGCACAAAGUCAACACUACACUGCUCGGCGCUCACCUUCUGUCUUUGCACGAGAGAACGAAACCACUUGGAGGUGAGGAACCAGCAUGAUUUCCUCUGCAGACUGGACGUAGAAGCUUCAUAUCAGGACCAAACUCUGAAAACUUCCAAAUCUGUGCAUUCCAUCUUUAUUUUUUACCAUAUUCAUAAUGGUGAUGAUGAUUUUCAUAAUUCUGAAUGACAUUUUUUAUUUUAUUGUUUUUGGGGAACAAAAUCAAUGCUAUGAUUGAAAACUGAGUUUUCAGUAGUAAAAUUCCACGGACACCACAGAUGUUUUAAUUUUAGUUUUUGUCUUAAAUAGCCAUUCCUGCAGUGCCAGGUGACGGUGCGCUCAACUCUACUCUCUACAUCGGUGUGCCAAAGGUGUGUGGACUCUAACAAGCUGCACAAAGUCGGGACAGUUUCCAUAGAUGUCUGAUACAUGUUUGACAUUUUUCAAGUCUCUCCUCGGAUAAAGUGCAUGCCAAGUGACGACAGGAGCCUUGCCUGAUUAUUUUUACAGUUGGAAAGAGGCACUGUUUUUUGCCGAAUUUUCCAAUUCUUUGUAUUUGGGUGUUUCACUUUUCCAUCUUAAAAUGUUAGUUUGGAUUAUUUUAAGUGUCGUUGAAUGAGAUACUUUUCAGUGGUCAGUUCAUCACCUGCAGUCGAUGAUGAUCAGCACAUCACCAUUUCAGAAGCAGACAGGAGAGCUAAAACUAAAUGUACUGCUUUAGAUAAAGGCUUCAGUAAAAUGUAUUUUGGACAAAGAGUCUAUCUCACUUUAAGAGUGUGCUUUAUUUAGAAUAUUAAAUAAUAUUAUAUAACCAGAUCUCCAUGACAAAAUCCAUAAUUUUACCUCACGGCACAUGGGAGUCGCUGGUCGACAGCUGCCCUAAUUUUUGUGUCUGGUGCAGAAUGUCAUUCAGAAAUUCUUAAUUCUAGUAUUUAACAGUAACUAUACAUUUAUUUAGCAUUUCUAUACACAAAAAAUUAUUUUAUUGCAUUUAAAAUCUAACCUGUAGUUAAACCAUAAUUGAAAUGGACUGUUAACAUAUCAGUAAGUGAACAUAUAUAAAACCAGUGCGCACCUUGACCAGAUAUAAAGUUCCAGUGCUUCACAUAGUCAGCUGUGCACCAACUUUCCUGCGCUAGAGUAUGAUUAGGCCCCACUACAGCGAUUCUGUAGGCUGUUAGUGCUAAAAUUAUUAGAGAUUACGAAUGUGAAGUGUUGAACUUGGGUAAUAUGUUUUGCUGCCACAGUAGAAUUAAAGCAGUGACUGAAAAUGAGACUGCAAUUUUCUUGGUUUUGCACAGAUGGUUUGCUGAAGCAACUGUACAAAAGACAGCUUUGAAGAUCUUAUAUAUGUUAUUAUAAGAACUGUGAAAUUGUACAAUGGUCAUACAAAAUGAAAAUAUUCAUAUUCAUGGAGUGAAAAUAUUGUAAAAAACAAAACGAACGUUGCACAAAUACGUUUUGUUGCUGCUAUAGAUUGUUUAGUUUUAAUUCUCCUGCUUCUCCAAACAGGUUUUGUGCUGAUUACAGAAGGUGAUAAAUACAUUGACAGUUGAUAAAUACAUCAUAAAACCCCACUUAAAAAAUGCAGACUAUACCUUUAAGGGGAUGUUGCCGGGCAGUUUAACUGCUAAACCGAGACACUGUGCAUGAUUGAUAUAUUUGCACCCUGCGAUCAGGAUUUACAUUCAUGAUGUGACAAAAAUCUGUGUCUGAUCAAAUGUAGUUCACAUAGCCAGCAUCUUUGUAAAAACACUGUGUUUUCCAUGUGGGCUACAGCACAGGCCAACACUUCAUCAUUAACGGCAUGUUUACUGGAUGUAUAGAUCAUUUAGCUGCAGGUUUGUAGAGCAGAAUUUCAGUGGAAUUUAUAAGGGAUCACAUGUGUCCAGGGAAACUUGUUCAACUCUGUUUUGAAAUGAUGGUUUUCCUGUUGCUGCUGCUCAUGGCCCUUUGUAAAAGGACUGUAGGCCUGAGAAAGACGAUAUCUUGUUGAUUAAUUCCUAUGCAAGGAGCAGUUUGUACAGUCUGUAGUUGGUAGCAGCUAACCAAAAACAAGGAACACUUAAGUGCCAGAGAAAAUGGAGGUCCUUUACUUUGUAUUUGUUCUUUUAAACAUUAAGCUUGAUGUUCAAACACUAAUUAUGUGAUACUCAAACUAAGAUGCCAUGCGGGACAAGAAAAUCAAACAGAAAUGUUCGGGUGUUCAUUUUCAGUGACACAGCACCCUCUGCUGAUCAAUGCCUUACACAAAACUGUUGUCUCUCCAAGGUACCAGUGCUUUUAUUUUUAUUUUUAGGGGAAAGAUGACAAAGUAAAUAAGAAACAAUUCUAUUUGAAAAUGCAAUAAAUAUUGUAUAUUUACAUUAAGGAAUAUGGUAAUCAUAGUUAUUGAUCUAUUUUUAUGUUGUAAAAAGCUUGUAAUAUAGGAAAGAGAAAUGAUUAAGAAAUAUAACAAUGUUCCAGUUGGUGAGCUUUGGUCCUUUAGAGUGGACUCUGUAGCACUUCUCUGGAUGUUUGGCCAUAAGGGUGAAUGAGCUGAAUGGAUGCAGGACAGGUUUUACCAACAGCCAACAUUUUGGGAUCCAUUUUGUGAAAAUCCAGUUUGCUGGAAAACAGUGAAGGAGGCAGAUGACGGUGACCAUUAAUAACACAUCAAAUGGACCUGGACAUCCUGUCCUGGAUGGAUGUGCACCCUGUCACUUUGUCUCCUAAUGUUCUCACCUUGUUCACUCAAAGAGAAAAAACCCUGUGGUCAUUUCAUGUUAAUCAAUCAUGUUUUUAUCAUUUGAAUUAAUUUCAAAUAAAUAUAUUCCUGUGGGGAAAAGGGUA